AUGCUUGUCAUAGAAAUAGAGUCCUGGACGUUGAAUUUGGUCAUUGCACAGUUUCUCAACAUAAAGCCUUACCUUGCAGGUGCAAAGAAACCCCUCCUUAAUUCGGAAGAGGCCGAGGAAGGGAAAGAGAAGAAGGAAACAGAGCCACGGCCAGUAAGCUACUCCUAUACCUUUUUCCAUCUGAUCUUUGCCCUGGCUAGCAUGUACUCUGCUAUGCUUCUUUCAGGAUGGACCAGCUCUGAUGAAAGUACAGAACUCAUUGAUGUGGGCUGGACUUCAGUCUGGGUUCGAAUCGCCACUGAGUGGGUCACUGCUGGACUUUAUAUCUGGACCCUGGUGGCUCCUUUGAUCAUAGCUGAUCGUGAGUUUUACUAA